ACUACGGCUUGCCCUACGCUCUACGCGAGCAGACCGUGCGUGCGUCGCGUCCGGCCGUUGUUUUUGUGCCGUUUAUCGAUAGCCGCAUGUGAUGCGAAUUAUCCGCGCAUAUUUAAUAUUUUAUACGCGUACCUAGUUGUGUAUUGUUAUUUCGCGCGCGCGCGAUUAUCGUGUUUUCGACGCCGUUGUCGUCGUGUUCGACGUUGCAUCGACUACCGUCGCCCUGGUCCGUUGCACGACCACGAUUCGUCGUCGCGUAUUCGUCGCCGACGUUCGCGCCCAGUGUUAUUUCGUCUCGACUCAUUAGUUGAGUUGUCGUUGAUCUCCGACGGGCCAUAAUUCGCGUCGCGAUCGGCAACGCGUAUAUCGUCCACCGUCGAUAUUAUUAUUGCGUGUGUUCCGCGUUCGACCUUCGACGACGUUUUCAGUGCCGGGAUUACGUCCUUUGCGCCUUACGUAAUCCGGUCAGUUACGUAAUCCGGCCGCUUGCCAUCGUCCGGUGUCGCAGUCGCCGCCGCCAACAGCCGCAACUCCCCGUUCACCUGCGUGUCGUCACAUAGCCGCAUCAGCUGUUGCAGCCGCCGCCGCCGAUACCCCGCCACGCCACGGUACGUAAUUUAUUGCAUUCAAGCGAUGCGUCUUGACACUGCCUCAUCGUGGCUACUGUGGCUUCUGUCCACGUUCGUCUGCUGCAGUUGUUCUGCGGCAGUAGAUGUAGGCAACGGAGACCUACUCCUGACGCCAUUAAUACGGGCUGGUCGAAUCGACGAGGCUCGGACUGCAUGCAAUGUAACGCCCCUUAAGGGGACCAUCGAGAGCUACUCUGGCUACUUGACCGUGGAUGAAGUGCGCGGUUCCAACAUGUUUUUCUGGUUCUUCCCGGCCGUGAGCGGCAAAGCGGACGCGCCUGUCCUGUUGUGGCUACAAGGUGGCCCGGACGCGUCGAGCCUGCUCGGCGUUUUCAACCUGAAUGGCCCAUUUUCGGUGUGUAAAUGCUGUGGCGGCGAGCUUAAGUUGCGAGACCAUGCGUGGACGGCUUCACACUCGAUGCUGUACGUGGACAACCCAGUGGGAGCAGGGUUCAGCUACACAGGUGACGAUUCCGGUUACAGUACCGACGAGAUGGACGUCGCUCGGAACCUGUACGUCACCCUGGUGCAGUUUUUCGAGCUAUUUCCCGAGUAUCAGCACAACGAUUUCUAUGUGACUGGUGAGUCGUUCGCUGGCCACUACGUGCCGGCCGUGUCAUACGCCAUUCAUCAGAACAACCCCGCGGCCAAGAUCAAGAUAAAUCUUAAGGGGCUGGCUAUCGGCAACGGCCUGGUCGACCCUCUCAACCAGCUGUUCUACAGCGAGUACCUGUACCAACACGGGUUCAUUGACGAAAACGGAAAGCACAUAAUCGAACAAAUCGAUAAUGUUAUUCACGCUCAGAUCCUCGGCGGCGACUACGAGGGCGCGUUCCGGACGUUCGACGAGAUGUUGAACGGCAUAUUCUACCCGUACCCAACACUGUUCCAGAACCUGACCGGUAUGCAAUACUACUACAACUUACUGUUGGACCGGAAACCGCCGUCGGACAAUGAUUGGGUGCAGUUCGUGGAAAAGCCGUCCGUGCGUACCGCGCUACACGUUGGCCAACGGCGGAUGAUCUACUUGAACAAAGCAGUCUAUCAACACAUGCUUGGCGACGUGAUGAGGUCGGUGGCACCGUGGUUGGCCGCUUUAUUGGAUGCUGGACGCUAUCGGGUUCUGUUGUACAGCGGUCAGCUUGACAUCAAGCUCCACCACCGGGGCACCAUGCGCAUGGCCCAGUCGCUACAGUGGUCGGGCGCGGAACGAUUUCGGAACGACCCGUCGCGCACCAUUUGGCGUGUUUGCGAAAAGAAGAAUCGAUGUGACAACGGAAACGAGACCACCGUGGCCGGUUACGCGACGGCGUCUGGUCCGCUUACCGUGCUGUUGGUCAGGGAUGCCGGUCACAUGGUGCCAGCCGAUCAGCCAGUUUGGGCUCAUGACCUCAUCAAGCGGUUCACGUCAGGCAAAACGUUUUGACCAACAGGAACCUGUCAGCAUCGUUCAGUCGACGGCAAUAUUUUACUAGGAAAUAUAGUUAGUGAAGGAUCUUAUUAAGUUCUAAAACCCUCCAGUUUUGAUAUUGCAAAAUGUCUUGGAUCUUCAGACGAUACUAAUAUUGAAAAUUAAGUUGAAACAACUAAUAUGAACAACAAUAGUGCCAAGUCACGCUUGGUUUCUUCUCUACACGGAACCAACAACUGCAGUAUUUCGUAUAAAUAUUUAAUUAGGGAUGACAAAGCUGCAAAAGCUAAUAAAAUAUCAGCACUCCGUCAUAUGAAUAUAAUUCUAAAAAUAUACUGUAUUAUAUUAUAUAAAUAUAAUAUUAUACAUUUUGGCUGGAGAUAAAGCACAAUAAUUAUUAUAAACAUUUAAUUUUGUAUUUUAAUGUGCUUUUUAACUCAAGUUCAAAUUACCAGUGGAGCUGAUGUUUCAAUUUUUGGUUUAGUUUUUGGUAGUAAAUUAUAAUUAUGUUAUACUUACAACUAUUUUAGUAUAAUAAUAAUAAUAAUAAGAUGUUGGUAUACCUUGUAUAAGAUUUAAUUUUUAGAAUUAUGAUUUAACGUGUAGAUACUAUAGUAGGUAACUACUAUUCAAUGUAAUUUGUAAACUGCAGUAAUGCAUACAAUAAAAAGCAUGUAAAUUUAUAUUCUUAUAGAAAUCACUAUUUUACAUACAUUUAAUACACUACAUAGUAGGUAUUAUCUUAUUCUAACCCGAUACAAAAUAGGAUUAAUUUUGUAGGAUCAAUUUUAAUUUUUGACAUCAUAACCAGUAACUAUUUAACUAUAACUAAAUUUAAUUAUGAAUUAAUCAGCGACCACAUAUUCAAAUUGCUAUGCAAUCCUUAACUUUCUUCGUAAUUGGAUUUUAGUACACUAUAUUAUAAGCUAUUAACAAUUUAUGUAUUCAUUUAAAAAUCUGAAUAGGUAAAAAAAAAAAAUAUUUAUGCCGAAUAGAACAUAAAUGUGAUUAAUUUUAACAAAUUUUUAUAACUAUUCUAAUAGUGUUACAUGGAAGAGACAUCAAAAUUCUGUACGUCUCUGAUAUACGAUGUAUCAGUCGAAAUGGAGCUUUUAUCAGUGAAUCAAAGCUAUGAUAAAAAUAAGACAUUUUAUAAUUUU